AUGAGCAAACCAAAAGUUUUGAUUACAAGGCCAAGUAUUCCUGAAGAGGGAAUCAAAAAGAUCGAAGCUAAAUGUGAUGUUGAAAUUUACGACCAAGAAAAGCCCAUCCCCAAAGAAGAUCUCAUAAAGAAGAUAAAAGGUGUGAAUGGUCUGUUCUGCCUCCUCACAGAUCCAGUGGACAAAGAUGUUAUUCAAGCUGCAGGAAACCAGCUGAAAGUGAUUGCCACCAUGUCUGUUGGCUAUGAACAUAUUGACUUAGAGGAAUGCAAAAAAAGGAACAUUGCUGUGAGCCACACUCCAAACGUUUCCUCCGAUUCAGUGGCCGAGUGGACUGUUCUACUGAUGCUGUGUGCCGGGAGAAACUUCGAAGAAGCUUCCACUGCCAUUCGAGACGGAAAAUGGGUGUAUUCGUGGAGUCCAACAUGGCUGUCUGGUAUGGGAUUGUUUGAGUCUACUGUUGGUAUCUUUGGAAUGGGGAGAAUCGGUAAGUGGUUAGUUAAAGUAUCGUACUUAACAUGUGUAUAUGUGCCGCGUGUUGUAACUAUAGUCAGUCAAAAAGUUAGCAGCACUGCUUAA